CGCCUACAGGGAAGGCGGUCGGGCGCCGCGAGCAGCGCGGACAGCGGCACCGGCGGCCGCGGGCCCAGGCCUCACCUUCCCCAAUGGCGCAGGUACCGGGGGAAGUAGACAACAUGGAGGGCCUACCGGCCCCCAACAACAACAAUCUUGCAACCCGCUGGGAGAGUCCUGAUCGGGCCUGGGAACGUGAGCAGCCAGCAGCCUCCACUGCAGCCGCCUCCCUCUUUGAGUGCUCCCGGAUCAAGGCUUUGGCAGAUGAGCGCGAGGCCGUGCAGAAGAAGACCUUCACCAAGUGGGUGAACUCGCAUCUCGCCCGCGUCGGCUGUCACAUCGUGGACCUCUACGCCGACCUCCGCGACGGCUUUGUGCUCACACGGCUCCUGGAAGUGCUGUCUGGGGAGCAGCUGCCAAGGCCCACGCGCGGUCGCAUGAGGAUCCACUCGCUGGAAAACGUGGACAAGGCGCUGCAGUUCCUGAAGGAGCAGCGCGUGCACCUGGAAAACGUGGGCUCGCAUGACAUUGUGGACGGGAACCACCGGCUGACUUUGGGGCUAGUGUGGACCAUCAUCCUGCGCUUCCAGAUUCAAGUGAUCAAAAUCGAGACUGAGGACAACAGAGAGACCCGCUCAGCCAAGGACGCACUGCUUUUGUGGUGUCAGAUGAAGACAGCUGGUUACCCUGAGGUAAACAUCCAGAAUUUCACCACCAGCUGGCGGGAUGGCUUGGCCUUCAAUGCGCUCAUUCACCGGCACAGGCCCGAUCUCGUGGACUUCAGCAAACUCACCAAGUCCAACGCCAACUACAACCUGCAGAGAGCCUUCCGCACGGCUGAGCAGCACCUGGGGCUGACACGUCUGCUAGACCCUGAGGAUGUGAACAUGGAGGCUCCAGAUGAGAAGUCCAUCAUCACCUAUGUGGUCUCUUUCUACCACUAUUUCUCCAAGAUGAAGGCUCUGGCUGUGGAGGGGAAGAGGAUCGGGAAGGUCCUGGACCAGGUGUUGGAGGUGGGGAAGAUCAUUGAGCGCUACGAGGAGCUGGCAGCCGAGCUGCUGGCCUGGAUCCACCGCACCGUGGGCCUCAUCAGCAACCAGAAGUUUGCCAACUCACUGAGUGGGGUGCAGCAGCAGCUUCAGGCUUUCACGGCCUAUUGCACCCUGGAGAAGCCAGUCAAGUUUCAGGAGAAGGGGAACCUGGAGGUGCUGCUCUUCAGCAUCCAGAGCAAACUGCGUGCCUGUAAUCGUCGCCUCUUUGUGCCUCGGGAGGGCUGUGGCAUCUGGGAUAUCGACAAGGCCUGGGGCCAGCUGGAAAAGGCAGAGCACGAACGGGAGGCUGCUCUGCGGGCUGAGCUGAUCCGGCAAGAGAAGCUGGAACUACUGGCCCAGAGGUUUGACCACAAGGUGGCCAUGAGGGAGAGCUGGCUGAAUGAGAACCAGCGCCUGGUCUCCCAGGACAACUUCGGGUAUGAGCUGCCGGCAGUGGAGGCCGCCAUGAAGAAGCACGAGGCCAUCGAGGCUGACAUUGCGGCCUACGAGGAGCGGGUGCAGGGCGUGGCUGAGCUGGCCCAGGCACUGGCCGCCGAAGGUUACCAUGAUGCCCGGCGCGUGGCCGCCCAGCGUGACAGCGUCCUGCGCCAGUGGGCCCUGCUGACCGGGCUGGUGGGGGCCCGGCGGACGCGGCUCGAGCAGAACCUGGCCCUGCAGAAGGUCUUCCAGGAGAUGGUGUACAUGGUGGACUGGAUGGAGGAGAUGCAGGCUCAGCUGCUGUCCCGCGAGUGCGGGCAGCACCUGGUGGAGGCCGAGGACCUGUUGCAGAAGCAUGGACUGCUGGAGGGGGACAUUGCGGCCCAGAGUGAGCGGGUGGAGGCUCUCAACGCUGCUGCCCUGCGUUUUUCUCAGCUGCAGGGCUACCAGCCCUGCGACCCGCAGGUCAUCUGCAACCGCGUGAACCACGUGCACGGCUGUCUGGCGGAGCUGCAGGAGCAGGCGGCGCAGCGGCGCGCGGAGCUGGAGGCCUCGCGGAGCCUGUGGGCGCUGCUGCAGGAGCUGGAAGAGGCCGAGAGCUGGGCCCGCGACAAGGAGCGCCUCCUCGAGCACCGCGCGCUCACCGGGGAGGUGGAGGCGCAUCGCGGGCCGGUGGGCGGCCUGCGGCGUCAGCUGGCGACACUGGGGGGCGCCAGCGGCGCCGGGCCGCUGGUGGUGGCCCUGCAGGUGCGCGUGGUGGAGGCGGAGCAGUUGUUCGCCGAGGUGACCGAGGUGGCAGCGCUGCGGCGCCAGUGGCUGCGAGACGCCCUGGCGGUCUACCGCAUGUUUGGCGAAGUGCACGCGUGCGAGCUGUGGAUCGGGGAGAAGGAGCAAUGGCUGCUGGCCAUGCGCGUGCCCGAUUCGCUCGACGACGUCGAGGUCGUGCAGCACCGAUUUGAGAGUCUGGACCAGGAGAUGAACAGUCUGAUGGGCCGUGUCCUGGAUGUGAACCACACGGUCCAGGAGCUGGUGGAAGGAGGCCAUCCCAGUUCAGACGAGGUGCGCUCCUGCCAGGACCACCUCAACUGCAGGUGGAACCGCAUCGUGGAGCUGGUGGAACAGCGCAAAGAGGAGGUGAGCGCAGUGCUGCUGGUGGAGAACCACGUGCUGGAGGUGGCCGAAGUGCGCGCGCAGGUGCGCGAGAAGCGGAGGGCCGUGGAGAGCGCGCCCCGAGCGGGCGGCGCCCUGCAGUGGCGCCUGAGCGGCCUGGAGGCGGCCCUGCAAGCGCUGGAGCCCCGCCAGGCGGCCCUCCAGGAGGAGGCCGCCCUGCUGGCUGUGCGCUUCCCGGCUCAGGCGGCGCGGCUGCACCAGGGUGCGGAAGAACUGGGCGCCGAGUGGGGCGCGCUGGAGAGCGCCGCCCAGGCCUGUGGCGAGGCGGUGGCCGCGGCCGGGCGCCUGCAGCGCUUCCUGCACGACCUGGACGCUUUCUUGGACUGGCUGGUGCGCGCCCAGGAGGCGGCGGGCGGCGUCGAGGGGCCCCUGCCCGGCAGCCUGGAAGAGGCGGAUGCGCUGCUGGCUCGCCACGCCGCGCUCAAGGAGGAAGUGGACCAGCGUGAGGAGGACUACGCGCGCAUCGUGGCAGCUAGCGAGGCACUGCUGGCGGCCGACGGCGCCGAGCUGGGCCCGGGCCUGGCGCUCGACGAGUGGCUGCCGCACCUCGAACUUGGCUGGCACAAGCUGCUCGGCCUGUGGGAGGCGCGCAGGGAGGCCCUGGUGCAGGCACACGUCUACCAGCUCUUUCUGCGCGACCUGCGCCAGGCUCGCGCGGUGCUCCGCAACCAGGAGAUGGCACUGUCGGGGCCGGAGCUCCCGGGCACGGUGGAGACAGUGGAGGAGGCGCUGAAAAGACACAGGGAUUUUCUCACCACGAUGGAGCUGAACCAACAAAAGAUGCAGGUGGCCGUGCAGGCUGCCGAGGGCCUGCUGAGGCAGGGCAACGCCUAUGGGGAGCAGGCCCAGGAGGCUGUGACCCGGCUGCUGGAGAAGAGCCAAGAAAACCAACUACGGGCCCAGCAAUGGAUGCAGAAGCUACACGACCAACUUGAGCUGCAGCACUUCCUCCGAGACUGCCACGAGCUGGAUGGCUGGAUCCAUGAGAAAAUGCUAAUGGCUCGGGAUGGCACGCGGGAAGACAGCCACAAGCUGCAUAAGAGAUGGCUCCGGCACCAGGCAUUCAUGGCUGAGCUGGCUCAGAAUAAGGAGUGGCUGGAGAAGAUUGAGAGGGAGGGCCAGCAACUGAUGCAGGAGAAGCCAGAGCUGACAGCCUCGGUGCGGAAAAAGCUGGGUGAGAUCCGGCAGUGCUGGGCCGAGCUGGAGAGCACCACCCAGGCCAAGGCGCGGCAGCUCUUUGAGGCCAGCAAGGCCGACCAGCUGGUGCAGAGCUUCGCCGAGCUGGACAAGAAACUGCUUCACAUGGAAAGCCAGCUGCAAGACGUGGACCCUGGCGGGGACCUGGCCACCGUCAACAGCCAGCUCAAGAAGCUACAGUCGAUGGAGUCGCAGGUGGAGGAGUGGUACCGCGAGGUGGGAGAGUUGCAGGCGCAGACCGCCGCCCUGCCACUGGAGCCGGCCAGCAAGGAGCUGGUGGGCGAGCGGCAGAACGCGGUGGGCGAGCGCCUGGUGCGCCUGCUCGAGCCGUUGCAGGAGCGCCGCCGCCUGCUGCUCGCCUCUAAGGAGCUGCACCAGGUGGCGCACGACCUCGACGACGAGCUGGCCUGGGUCCAGGAGCGACUGCCACUGGCCAUGCAGACGGAGCGAGGCAGUGGUUUGCAGGCUGUCCAGCAGUACAUCAAAAAGAACCAGGGCCUGCGGCGGGAGAUCCAGGCGCACGGGCCGCGGCUGGAGGAGGUGCUGGAGCGCGCGGGCGCGCUGGCAUCGCUGCGCAGCCCGGAGGCGGAGGCCGUGCGCCACGGCCAGGAGCAGCUGCAGGGCGCUUGGGCCGGACUGCGGGAGGCGGCCGAGCGGCGGCAGCAGGUGCUGGACGCCGCCUUCCAGGUGGAGCAGUACUACUUCGACGUGGCCGAGGUGGAGGCGUGGCUGGGCGAGCAGGAGCUGCUCAUGAUGAGUGAGGACAAGGGCAAGGACGAACAGAGCACCCUGCAGCUGCUCAAGAAGCACCUGCAGCUGGAACAGGGCGUGGAGAACUACGAGGAAAGCAUCGCGCAGCUGUCGCGCCAGUGCCGGGCGCUGUUGGAGAUGGGGCACCCGGACAGCGAGCAGAUCAGCCGGCGGCAGUCUCAAGUGGACCGUCUGUACGUGGCGCUCAAAGAACUGGGGGAGGAGCGCAGGGUGGGCCUGGAGCAGCAAUACUGGCUGUACCAGCUCAGCCGCCAGGUGGACGAGCUCGAGCACUGGAUCGCCGAGAAGGAGGUGGUGGCUGGCUCGCCUGAGCUCGGCCAAGACCUCGAGCACGUCACGGUGCUGCAGGAGAAAUUCUCAGAGUUCGCCAAUGAGACGGGCACUGCAGGGCGGGAGCGGCUGGCGGCCGUGAACCAGAUGGUGGAUGAGCUGAUCGAGUGCGGCCACACGGCGGCGGCCACCAUGGCCGAGUGGAAGGACGGGCUGAACGAGGCCUGGGCUGAGCUGCUGGAGCUUAUGGGCACUCGGGCCCAGCUGCUGGCUGCCUCUCGGGAGCUGCAUAAGUUCUUCAGCGACGCCCGAGAGCUUCAGGGACAGAUCGAGGAGAAGCGGAGGCGACUGCCCCGCCUGACCGCCCCGCCUGAGCCGAGACCCAGCGCCAGUUCCAUGCAGCGGACCCUGCGCGCCUUUGAGCAUGACCUGCAGCUCCUCGUGUCCCAGGUGCGGCAGCUCCAGGAGGGGGCAGCCCAGCUGCGGACGGUGUAUGCCGGGGAGCACGCAGAGGCCAUUGCCAGCCGGGAGCAGGAGGUGCUGCAGGGCUGGAAGGAACUGCUGACCGCCUGUGAGGACGCCCGCCUGCAUGUCAGCUCCACGGCCGAUGCCCUGCGAUUCCACAGCCAGGCCCGUGACCUGCUCUCCUGGAUGGAUGGCAUCGCCAGCCAGAUCGGGGCAGCCGACAAGCCCAGGGACGUGUCGUCAGUAGAGGUGCUCAUGAACUACCACCAGGGCCUGAAGACGGAGCUGGAGGCCCGGGUGCCCGAGCUGACAGCCUGCCAGGAGCUGGGGCGCUCUCUGCUGCUCAACAAGAGUGCCAUGGCUGAUGAGAUCCAGGCACAGCUGGACAGGCUGGGAACCAGGAAGGAAGAGGUGUCAGACAAGUGGGACCGCCAUUGGGAAUGGCUGCAGCAGAUGCUGGAAGUGCACCAGUUUGCCCAGGAGGCCGUGGUGGCCGAUGCCUGGCUGACCGCCCAAGAGCCGGUCCUGCAGAGCCGGGAGCUGGGCAGCAGCGUGGACGAGGUGGAGCAGCUUAUCCGGAGACACGAGGCAUUCCGCAAAGCGGCUGCCGCCUGGGAAGAAAGGUUCAGCUCCCUGCGGCGCCUGACCACGAUAGAGAAACUCAAGGCGGAACAGAGCAAGCAGCCCCCCACCCCCCUGCUGGGGCGCAAGUUCUUUGGAGACCCCACGGAACUGGCGGCCAAGGCAGCGCCCCUCCUGCGGCCAGGGGGCUAUGAGAGGGGUUUGGAGCCCCUGGCUCGCCGGGCCUCGGACACACUGUCGGCGGAGGUGCGGACCCGGGUGGGGUACGUGCGCCAGGAGCUCAAGCCCGAGCGCCUCCAGCCGCGCAUCGACCGGCUGCCGGAGAUCCCGGGGAGGGUGGAGCCCCCGGCCCCGCCGGCCGCACCAGAGGAUGCGGCGGAGACUCCCGGGGCCCUCGCGGCAGCGGAGCAAGUCCGGCCGCGGCCGGAGCGCCAGGAGUCAGCUGACCGCACGGAGGAGCUGCCCAGGAGGCGGCGACCGGAGCGGCAGGAAUCGGCCGAUCAAUCCGAGGAGGCUGCGCGGAGGCGGCGGGCAGAGCGGCAGGAGUCUGCGGAGCACGAGGCGGCACAUAGCCUCACCCUGGGCCGCUACGAGCAGAUGGAGCGGCGGCGCGAGCGGCGGGAGCGGCGGUUGGAGAGGCAGGAGUCCAGCGAACAGGAGACGCCGACCAGAGGAGAGCUGGCCAAGGGGAAGGCCACCCUGGCUGACAUUGUGGAGCAGCUGCAGGAGAAAGAAGCAGGCCCAGGGCUCCCUGUUGGGCCGUCGCUGCCUCAGCCUCGCGAGCUUCCCCCAGGCCGCCUGCCCAACGGGCUUGAGCCGCCCGAGCGGACACCUCGGCCGGACCGGCCGCGGGCGCGGGACCGGCCCAAGCCGCGACGGCGGCCGCGGCCCAGAGAGGGUGGUGAGGGCGGGGGAAGCCGGCGCUCGCGCUCCGCCCCGGCCCAGGGCGGCUCCGCCCCCGCGCCUCCGCCACCGCCCACUCACACAGUGCAGCACGAGGGCUUCCUGCUGCGCAAGCGCGAGCUCGACGCUAACCGCAAGUCGUCCAACCGGUCGUGGGUGAGCCUGUACUGCGUGCUCAGCAAGGGGGAGCUGGGCUUCUACAAGGACGCCAAGGGCCCGGCGUCUGGGGGCACACACGGCGGGGAGCCACUGCUCAGCCUGCACAAGGCCACCAGCGAGGUGGCUAGUGACUACAAGAAAAAGAAGCACGUCUUCAAGCUCCAGACCCAGGAUGGCAGCGAGUUUUUGCUCCAGGCUAAAGAUGAGGAGGAGAUGAACGGCUGGCUGGAGGCUGUGGCCGCUUCCGUGGGAGAACACGCGGAGAUCGCCCGCUGGGGACAGACACUACCCACCACGUCCUCUACAGACGAGGGCAACCCCAAGCGAGAGGCGGGGGAGCGCAGGGCCAGCGGGCGCCGGAAGUGACUUCCCAGCCCCUGGGCCUGACACACAUCCCCGCCCCUUCUCUCCGCACUGUGGGCACAAAGACACUUUCUCUUCCGCAGGGGCAGGAGCCCCUGGUUCCACCGCCACUGCGGACGCGCCAAGAUGGGCACUGGAAAGGAGGGGACUUCUGCACUCCAGGAAGUGGUGGGGGGAUUGCUGCCCCUAUAGCCAUAUCUCGGCCCCUUCCUGCUCGCCACCCCACCCCAGGUGCUGGGGCUCCAUUAUUUUUAUGCAAUAACUGAGUUGGGGGGGGCGGGUAAAGGGGCCAGCUGAGCCAAGCCCCCUGCCCGGAUCUCCAGAUCUUGCCCCAAGAAGCUGGGGUGGUAAGGGGCGAUAAUUCCUGCCCCCACUCUCCGCCCUAGGGAUGGGCACGGGGCCGCUGGUGAGGUCCCCUGGACCAUCCAGGGUGCUAGGGGGUGGGGAGGGGACGCCUCCUCCCCGCCUUUACCUCACUUCCAAUGCUGCCUUGAUCUCUGUCUGGGAAGGUGGAAUGAGGGGGCCUUGGCCCCUACACUCCGCCGUCUCAGAGCCAUGCGGUUAAUUCCUGAGUUUAUUUUUGCAAAACGUCGACCUCCUCCUCCCCCGCCCCGCAUCCGCGAAGGCUUUUAAUGGGAGGGGCGUCAAAGCUCAAAACUGCCUUCCUCUCUCCUCCCCCCUCCAGCUGUAAAUGCCACUUUGUGAGGGGAGGGGCGAGGGGAAGCCCUCCCCCCCUGCAUGCUUCUGGCAGGAGCACCUCCCUAGGGAGUGGGGGAACCGGGUUGUGGGCAGCCCCCAUGGCCGCCUGGAGGAGCCGCUGGGGCCCGGGGAUGUGGGGCGGUGUGGCAGGCGCACACUGUAUGUACCUAUAAUAAAUCCUUUGGCUUUGA